GUCGAUCAGCCGUCCGAGUGUCCUGCGCUCGCAGCGCUGUGAUUCACCUCACACGCUCUCACUUACGCGACUGGGCUGCGGUCUCAGAGGCGUUUCCUCCACAUAACGACCAGACAGACGGACGAUCUAACGGGGAAAAACGUACAGUUAGGAGCUCGUGGAACCGUAGGAGCUUGUGCCAUGUUGGGGAGGAGAAAGAAUGCGCCCUUUAGGCACAGCGAGCCCCGGACCGACGGGACGAAGAGCGCGGACCCUCUCCGCAGACUGGGCCUGCUGGACGACGAGGACGUGUGUGUGAUGUUGCAGGGCACACGGAUGGUGAAGGUUCGCUCCCAGCGCUGGCAGAAACACAGAUGCCUGCGCCUGCUGGAUGACUGCGUCACCGUGUGGUGUGAGUCCAGCAAGAGCUCUAGCAAAGCCAGGAGCCGCCAGACCUUCUGUGUGACGGAGGUGGAGUGUGUGCGCGUGGGAUGUCAGUCAGAGUGUCUGCGGAGGCUGGUACGCUCCAUCCCAGAGGACCUCUGUUUCACCCUGGUGUUCCGCGGAGGCAGGAAAAGUCUGGACCUGUGUUGCUCUUCCCGAGAGGAGGCGCAGUGCUGGGUGCGAGGCAUCCGCAUGCUCAAAGACCGCAUCGCCAACAUGAGCCAGAAAGACAAGCUCGACCACUGGAUCCGUGGCUAUCUGAGGCGAGCUGAUCUGAACCAGGAUGGGAAGAUGAGCUACGACGAGGUCAAACACCUGCUGCACAUGAUCAACAUCGACCUGAAUGAGCAAUAUGCUUACAGCCUCUUUAAGAAGUGUGACCGCUCGUGUGACAAUCGUCUGGACCACGUGGAGAUUGAGGAGUUCUGUCGGGAGCUGAUGCGCCGGCCCGAGCUGGACGCUGUCUUCCGUCAUUACUCCAGUAACAGCUGUGUGCUGUCCACCCUGGAACUCAGGGACUUCCUGGGGGACCAGGGGGAGGACGCGUCUCUGAACCACGCUAAGAAACUGAUCCUCACUUAUGAACUCAAUGACUGGGCCCAGAAGAACCUGUUCAUGACUCAGAACGGCUUCACCAUGUACAUGCUGUCCCACGAGAAUGACGUGUUUAACCCCGAUCACACGCAUGUGCACCAGGACAUGAGCCGACCUCUGACCCAGUACUACAUCUCCUCCUCUCACAACACCUACCUCACUAAAGACCAGGUGACCAGCGAGAGCAGCACAGAGCCUUAUAUAAGGGCUCUGAACCAGGGCUGUCGCUGUGUGGAGCUGGAUUGCUGGGAUGGCGACAGGGGAGAACCUGUGAUCUACCACGGACGAACGCUCACCUCUAAGGUUCCGUUUAAAGAGGUUAUCGAGACCAUUGGCCAGUACGCCUUCAAGGUCUCUCCCUAUCCCCUCAUCCUCUCUCUGGAGAACCACUGUUCUGUGGAGCAACAGAAUGUCAUGGCUCACCACCUACGUUCCAUCCUGGGCUCCGCCCUCCUCACACAGCCUCUUAGUGACCAUCCGGCCACCCUGCUGCCUUCACCUGAGGACCUAAAGGGGCGGAUCCUAGUGAAGGGGAAGAAGCUGAUUGGUCAGUUGGGAAACACUAACAGCACUGCCAGCUUUUCGUCCAGCUCGGAUGAAGAGACAGGCUGCGGGAACAAGAGCCUCAAUAAGAAGGAUUCUGGGAAGACAGUUCCCUCUCGUAAGCUGAGUCCAGAGCUGUCAGAUCUGAUCAUUUACUGUUGUAGUGUUCCCUUUCACGGCUUCGACGCGGCAAGUAAGACCCCCGUCACCCACAUGUCCUCCUUCUCUGAAAGCGAAGCGCUCAGACACAUCAAAGACUCAGGAAAGCUCUUUGUGAGAUUUAACAGUAGUCACCUGAGCCGGAUUUACCCAUCAGGCCAGAGACUUCAGUCCUCUAACUACGACCCCCAGGACAUGUGGAACGGAGGCUGUCAGAUGGUGGCCUUGAACUUCCAGACGCCAGGAGAACAGAUGGAUCUGAACCGGGGCCGGUUCCUGCCUAACGGCCGCUGCGGAUACGUGCUGAAACCGGACUUCCUGUGCCAGCACAAUUCCCACUUUAACCCUGAGAGCACAGGGGGAGGACCAGGACAUGUCCCUACUCAGCUCACCAUAAAGGUAAUCUCUGCCCAGCAGUUGCCCAAGAUAAACACGAACAAGUCCAGCUCCAUUGUGGACCCGCAGGUCUGGGUAGAGGUCCAUGGAGUGGCCAUUGAUAAAGCACGCGCCAAAACCCACCGAAUCAACAACAAUGGCUUUAACCCACGCUGGGACAGCACAUUGAGCUUCCAGGUUCAGGUUCCUGAACUGGCUCUUGUGCGCUUUAUGGUGGAAGACCACGACCACACGAGCAAGAACGACUUUGUUGGCCAGUUCACUAUUCCGUUUACAAGCCUGCGCACAGGUUACCGCCACGUGCACUUGCUAAACGCAGACGGCUCCAGCCUCUCCCCUGCCAGCCUCUUUGUCCAUGUGAAAGUCGCACGGCGAGGAAUCCCCAUCAAAACGGUGUCUGAGCGCCUGACUAACGCCUGACCUCUCCGUGCUGAGCCCUUGGAAUCCUGGUCUCCGAUCACGCUGUCGUGUGCGCGCCAUGCCACAGAGAGCUCGCAGGCUGGGUGCAGGCGCAGACACGGGCUCUCCGUUGCAACACUAUAGAACAGAGAUACAAGUGGUCAAGACUCUGGAUCUCUUACUGUUUCCAUAGGAGCAAGUGGUCAUGUGGUCUGUUGAAAUCUGACAUUUAACAAGUUUUAGACAGAGGUUUUAAAAUCCAGUGUUUAUUGUAAUUUAAUACUUCUAAUUUAACUGAUAUUUAAAUAAUCGUUAGGUGCCAUCGUAGAUUUUGAUGUAAGUGCCUCUUUAAUUUGUUUUGUUUGAAGCUGAACUGGUAUUCCAUUGUUGGAAAAAAUUGUGUACUACUGGUUUAAGUGAUUCUAAAGGUGAGAUGUAGCUGUUAACAGGAAAAAAAGACAUGGUGACUAUUUGAAGAAAUGCAUUGCAGAUCAUUCUGACAUUAAAAGGUGAAAUGAAUAGAAUUAUAUAAAUAGAAUUACUGUACAAUGGUGGUUUACCAGAGUAUAAUACACAGUAUACACAGUAACCCAUUAAUCUGCUCAUCUUCAUGGCAUAAUAUGUGCUGCCUGUCCGAUGUAACUGUAGUGUGACUCUGUUACACCGACAAUAAAAUCGCUCCAAAUGAAAUGUGCUAAAAGCAGACGUUUGACACUAAAACGGCACACUGAUUUAUUUACAGAUAAUGCAGUGAAUCUGGAUGAGUAGAAGUUAAAGCAAAAAAGUGUAGAAUUUUUAAAGGUGUUUGAUUAAAAGUACAGUGCUGCAUUUUAGUUGCUGGUUAGUUUCUUUACUUGAUUAAUUACUGAUCAUGUUGAGCUCCUCAUAUCCUACAGUCUAACUAACAGUAGGUCUGAGGUGCCUGCAGGUUUGAAGUUCUGCUUGUAUGUGUGGGAGGUGUUAGACACAAGUGAUAUUUGUAAGGGAAGGUAGAACUGUUGCGCACAGUGAGAACCUGAAGAGCCGUAAUGGGAUCGAACUGAGAUUGAAACAGGAUCGUAGUCUAAAAUACAUGCUGAAGAACAACUGCUGCCAGUGAACUACAUAAACAUAGGUCAUCAUUUGUUUUCACCACUGUAUUUACACAGCUAAAAACAUUAAUGUUAUUAAUUAUUGUAUAACAAGUAUGUUUUAUAUGUUUUAUACUUUUUAUGUUAAAAACUAAUACAUAUGGUUGACAUUGACAUGUUUUGCAAAAAUGACAUUAGUUUUGAAACGAAUGUUUUAUUGAUUUAUUAAAAAUCCCAGUGCAGAUUAC